CGUCGUGUCCUUACUACCGCACGGCCGCGCCGCGUCUUGAAGAACAGUGCCAAGUCCAGCGCGCGCCCCGCAAACUUUUAGCUCAUUUUCCACGCGCUGCCGAGUACUCAAGACUGCACUACCGCUCACCGCUGCCACGCGAUUCGGCUUCCCGAAGCGAACCCAAGAUCCACGCGCACAUCUGCGAGAUUCGCACCGUUCUCAAGCACCGCCACGCUCCGUCGCCGCGCUGCGCCCGCCGCAGCCGCGCGGGGAUGUGCUGAGCGGCAUGCGCUUCCACCCGGGGAAGCCCGUGCCGCCGCGCAAGUCCUACCGCGAAGCGGAGCCGUGCUGCGCCGCGCCGUCCUGCUGGAGGAACCUUAAGCGCCCCGCGCCGACGCCCGGGAGCGCCAAGGCCGAGUGCGCCGCCCGCAAGAAGCGCCGCCAGCUCGCGCGGGGCCCGCGCGGCGAGCCGCGGCGCGGAACCGACGCCGCCGACAUGUCGUCGUCCGCCGGCGCCGCGGCCGCCGCGGAGCCGAUGAAGUGCGUCCCCUGCGACGCCUGCGCCCUGGGCACGCCCGAGGAGAAGGACUUCGGCCAGGCCCUGGGCGCGCGGGAGCGCGCGGAGAUGGUCGCGCGCGCGCGCGUCAUCGCCCGCAAGAUCUGGUUCCUCCGCCACGCGGCGCUCUGCGAGAACCCGAAGGCCUGCCGCCUCGGCCCCUGCCGCAAGGCCGUCGAGCUCGUGACCCACAUGCGGGCCUGCGGCGCCAUGGCCGACCCGAGCCGGGGCUGCCGCGCGGCCGCGUGCGCGUCCGCGGCGCGCCUCGUGCACCACCCGCGGACGUGCGUCAAGGGCGCGGCCUGCGCGGUCUGCGCCAUGGUGCGCCAGGCCGGCGCCUCCGGCCGGGGCCUCCUCCUGCGCAAGGACCUCGUGGCGAGCGCCGGCGGCGAGGCCGCGCCGCCGCCGCCGGCCGCGGUGACGCCGCAGACCUCGGCGGGCCUCCGCGUGCGCGCGUACUCGUCGCCGGACUUCCGCGCCUUCCCCGUGCCCGAGGACAGCGCCGUCGACUUCGACAGCGACGGCUUCGCCAAGCCCGCGCCGCGGUCGCCCGUCCGCGAGCGCUCCUGCUCGAGCCUCGACGCGUUCGCCGCCGCCGCGUCGCCGCCGCCCGCGCCCGCCGUCGACGUCCACGCCUGAGGCGCGGCGCUCGACGCGCCCGCCGGAAGCGCCCGCCGCCGCGCCCCCGCGACACUUCGCGGCCGCCGCCGCGGCCGGCCCGGCGCGGCCCCCGCGGGCCCGCCGAGACGACCCACCACAAAAAACAUCGUUGAAAUGAACCUCCCUUGCUCGCCCCGUGUACUAAACCCCCCUUUGUUCUGCUCCC